AUGGGGAGGACUCCUUGCUGUGAGAAAGCUCACACAAACAAAGGAGCUUGGACUAAAGAAGAAGAUGAGAGACUCAUUUCCUAUAUCGGAGCUCACGGUGAGGGCCGCUGGAGAUCCCUUCCGAACGCUGCCGGUCUCCUCAGAUAUGGGAAAAGUUACAGACUGAGGUGGAUCAACUAUCUCCGCCCUGACCUCAAGCACGGUCAUUUUACUCCCGAAGAAGAUGAACUCAUUAUCAACCUCCAUGGCCUACUUGGUAACAAUAUGGCCCCAGCGGAAGUUAAAAGGGAAUGUGAUGAUUAUGACAUUUCAAAUGAAACAGAUGACAUUCGUUUGAUCAAUGAAAGUCGGGGGAACCUUAUCAUGGUUGCGAAGUUGGUCCGAGCAAUAAAGAAGCAACCAAUAUGA